AGCUUCAGACCAUCACAAACAUAACCUCCCCCCCCCCCCCCCAAACUGUCAAUUCUCUCUCUUACUUCCUCAACUCCUAAUCAUACAUGAGAAAGUCUCCUACUUUCAUGACUGCCUUCAGCCAAAACAUUGUUCUGGCACUAUUUUUACUCCUGCUCCUGCCAAGAGCUCAGUGUUCAUCAUCACGCAAUGGCAACGGAGUCUCUAAAGAAGCAAUGGAUCAACAUCACCAGCAAGGCCACCGGCCCAGGCAAGGAGGCAGCUCAUGGGGACUGCACAAUUAUUACGUCAUUCCAAUGCAAAGAUAUCACCAAAUUCACAAUGCACAACAACCAACAGCAGCAAUUCAAUCCAAGGGUGAGAAACAACCAUCAUCAAGUUUUGCAGCUGACAAGAGACUUGUCCCAACAGGGCCCAAUCCUCUUCACAACUGAAGAAGAACAACCCCCCAUCACUAAAUCACCCUUUCUCUCUGGCCCUUCUCUCCUCUGAUAUUCAAUGGUAGGUCCCGACACAGUACUCAUAUAUUCGUGUUCGAGUCCAGGAAGAUGCAAAGAUAGGCUAAGGGGAGGAGGUUUUAGAGAAGAGUUUUUUUGUUUUUGUUUGGCAAGUACUUACUGGGUUUUUAGCAGUAGUAGUAGUAGGCAGGGAUUGUGGAGAUCAGAAAGCAUUAAAUUAAAAGGUUAGAAGGGGAGGGGGGGACAUAGGGUUUAAAUGUGAUCAGCUUUUCUUGGAGAAAAGCAUUGUGACCUUUCUAUUGCUGAUGCCAUGUAGAGCAGAAACCUGCAUUCCUCACAGCUCUGCCUUAAAUUGUAUAUCAAUUAAUAUUCUGGUAUGGGUCUCUCUCUCCCUUUUUUCACCCAAUUUGCUUCUGGUCCCCCUGUCCCUUUUCCGGAUUCUGCUAUGCCUCCAAGGUUAUUAUAACAACUGUUCCAACCAUUCAAAGCAGGUAAUGAAGAGAAAAUGCUACAGUUUUAAAAAAGGGCAAUGAGAAUUCUUACUUGCCUUCCAUAUCUUCAGCCUUUUGCCUUCCAACUCUGCAUGCUCCGUUGGAGGGGGAACAACUGGGUCACUUUCUAAGAGUAACUCGCCAACAGGUGGUCAGUAAUGUUCUGAUGACAGGCCCAUUUUCAACCCAUUCCGUAAAGCAUUUCAAUUUAAGCCAUCAACCAUAAAUGGCUUUCAUAAUCUAGAGCACCUGGGUUUUGGAAGAACUUCAGUCAUAGAGCACCAUCUGCUGGAACAGGACUAAUUGGAAUUUGACAAAAUACAACUAAUUAGAAUUGGAAGCACAUGUAGAAUAAAUCUCUUGACACAGAACAAGGAUAAGAACAAGAUGAUUAGUCAACUGCGACGAUUUUUCAUCGAUAAAAGGUGUCAAUCAAUUAACUGAAAGAAGGACAAGAAAGAAAACAAUCGACAUAGAGAAACAUGAAAUGGAAAUAACUAGCUUUGCUGUGACCUACCAUCAAUCAAACACACCCUUGUGAAUGAUUAAAUGACAGUGAAUCCCUGUAAGUGAAUAUUAAGAUCCAACAAACAAAUACCAGUAUUCAAAUCUUUGUAAGAUCAUUAAUCAAGAAAUGACUGGUCAAAGGCUUCACAGAAAAGCUUGCUCCUUCAAACAAAUCUGAUCAGAGAGAAAAUAACUAUCAUAAGGGCAUCAGGUUUUUAUCCACACUAUAAAAGAAACUUUAAAGUUUUUCACUCGAAGCCCCAUUCAAUUAUUCAUGCUUCUGCAUUUGGUUUUAAGUAGCUAUUAGGAGAUAGGAAAAUGGUGGGAUCUGCAAGAACCCGCUCAUGGUACAAUGGGCUACCAAUUUAGCAUGUACAAAUGCUCUCAAUGUAUUAGAUUACCAACAAUUACUUCACCUCAAGAGAUCAAAUAUAGAGGCACAAAAUUUAUGGCUCUUCAACCAACCAUUCAGUUGGCCCCAAAAAAAUAAAAAGACAACCUAAAAGCAUGUCAGUGCAACUUUACAUGAUAGCAGCCGAACUUCUUUCGUAAUUUAAAUUCAGUUCCUCAGGGACCAACCUAAUGACCGGUUGAAAUCUGAAGUGAUGGUUCCGUUGCUGUCCAAAGAUGCUUGAACCAGAACAGUACCAGAACACACUCCAAAGUCCAUAUUGGAAGCCGAGUAACCGGACUCAAUGAACCAUAGUAUGAUGACUGCUGUUACACAACACAUAAGUAUCAUAAAAAUCACUGCAUGUGACACCUCUUCCACCUCAUGGACCAUUAAAAUCGUUAGUCAAACCAGCCAGUCAAAAAAACUGGGGAAAAGUAAUAUCCUAGUCGAUGGACCAGUCACUCACAAUAUCUAAUGAAUGUGGAACCAUAAU